AUGUUAGUAGUUAUGUUCGGUAGUGAGAGAUGGGUUCUCACCAAGAGACAAGAAAGCUUAAUACAAGCAGUAGAAAUGAAAUACCUAGGAAAAGUGCUAGGGAUUACGAGGAUGAAUAAACUACGCAAUUCCCAUAUUAGAGAGCAGCUGAAAGUCCAGCCAGUACUAACAACUAUCGAAAACUGCCAGUUGAGGUGGUACGGACAUUUGAAAAGACUCAACAAAGAGAGACAAGUAAGAAGAGUAUGGGAGGCAAAAAGGCAAGAAAAAAGGAAAAAGGGUAGACCUACAACUACUUGGGAUCAAAAUGUUGCAAAAUUACUUAAAACUAGAGGGAUCGGCUGCGCCGAAGCAGCAAGCAUGGCCCUGGACAAGAAGAAGUGGCAAAAUUUUAUUUAUGGAAAGUAG